CACCCGAUUCCCGCACAACUCCCUACCCUAUCCACUCGAGUUUUUUCUAAUCUAUGCACCAAUCAAUGUGACAGCUGAUGCUACUGAGUGAGUGUUGAUCAAGUUCGGAUCCUGUGCGUAGAGUUGUGAGUUGUCUAGCACUAGAUUAGUGUCAUUCCUACAGUGUUCACCUUCUAAACCCACUGCAAUCAAUGCCUACUAAGGUUGUGGUUACGGAGCGUACGACUCACACCCCGACUGCCCACCACACCGUCCGAACAGAGACAUCCCACGUCCGCACCACCGGACCGAGUCGCACCACAACCAGCUCUUCGUAUCACCGCUCCUCAGGAGGCAUGGCAAACUGUGGCUGGCUAUGGAGUAUUGUCUGGGUCAUUCUACUGCUGAUCAUCGGCUGGCCCAUCGGGAUCCUCUGCGGAAUCUUGUACGCCAUCGUCUGUGCGUUUGUGCCGUGCUGCGGCGGCUGCGCUGACCUGGCCAAUUUCCUGCAUCGGGGUCUGGAGCUACCCAAGACGUGUGCCUCCAACAUGGUGUCUCAACGUUCAGGGUGUUAGGGUUUAUAAAUCUUAAUCAGCAGCGGCGGAUACAAGGGCAUGAUCAACAGGGAAGAAACAAAUAUUGGUUUGUGUGGAAAUUCAUCACACUCCAUUCUCAGUAUAUCUUAUUAUCAAUAUAUCGGGAACAUCUUAAGCAGGAUGUUAAAACUAACCUGUCAAAGUUGUACAGUAGUGACAGCUUUAUGACUUUCAUACCCUAGCUACUCAAAACCUUCUUAAACUUAUCGCCAGGUUUUGCCUGGUUUUGGUGUAUUCAUUACUGCAUAGGCAAAAGCAUUCCUUGUGACAUGGCACUAGGCAUGUGCAACAAUCCCAUCAUCAAGUCCAGACCAUUGGGUGUUGAGUUACCCUGGAGUUUUUCAGUAGACAUAGGAGGUUCCAAGGAUGGCAAAAUUUAAAUGCCUAAAAAGGCCUAACUUUCAUACUGAACAAAUGUUACCAUCAUUUGGUGCAUUUCUUGUCAGACAGACAACUUUUCUGACUAAAUUUUCCAAACGGUAGCAAAUAAGUAUACAACAGAUCAACUGAUAUUACCCAAUACUGAAGAAUUUUAAUCAGUUUGUUUCUUUCCUUCAAGGCAAGUGGCCCAAGUUUAACCCUUUUCCAAUUUGAUGUAUGGAAAACCUUAUCCAAAGACGAUCAUUCGUGUUUGAAACUGUUCUGUAGCCGCCAUGUUAGAUAAAUUUUGUUUCAAUUAACAGUAGCUCCUAAAAAGUCUUUGUCAUAAAUUUAGAAAGAUAGAACAUUAUUAGCAACGCAACAAUUCAAAGUUGCCAUUUUGGGUGGUAAUUUAAAAAAUGCAUGAAUUUAUACCUCUCUUGCUUUCAGUGGUGAAAAUUUUUGUCUCUCCCUUUUUUUACAUGUAGGGUGGAUUAUGUUUUCCUUCACCCUCACUCCAAUAUACCAAAUAUUUCUGCUGAUGCAAUGUGCUUUGUUCCAUUAUUUGCUGCAUUUAAUUUGUUUGCAAAGAAAUUAAUACAAAGACACAAGUGAUAUAUAUUGACAUGUGUUUUGCUUCCAAGGAACAAAAUAAUUAAGUGCCAAUGUGCUUCUUGUUUUUAAACUUGCCCGUUUUCAUCAUUAUCAUGCUGAAAUUUGUGAGGGUAAAAGCCAAUGAACAAAGUGAUUAUUAGCUUUGCAUGACUAAGUAAUACAUAGAAGUAGGUUGUCUUUUACAAAAAGUUGUAGAUAAUAUUUUAGACUUGUAAUAUUAUGUUGUGUGCCGCACAUUGUUGCCGGCAGCUUGGCAAUUUGAAUGUGUAAUAACUUCAUGUUUGUUAUAAAUCCAAAUGUAUUGAAAACAAAUUGUCAAAAACAUUGGACACAUUAAAACAGUGUUUCAAUUCAUUUAGGGCUAAUGGGAGAAUCACAUACAAGUUUUGAAACAGACUUAAAUUACUGAUCCAGUAAGCCCACCCUCACGGCACUCAUGAGCAUGGGAGGGACACUUGACUCUCAGCCCUUGAUCAUUAUAAAGCUAGCCUUGAUCAAGACUGUCCUGCGCACUCUGGUGCGCAUUGUCCCUAGUGCCAUUUGGUAGCUGUCCAUCUGAUUUUCUGUCCCCCAUAUGGGAAAUUAACAUGGGGUGAAGAAGAAUGAUUCAAAAGAGGGCGCUAUAACAAGAAGUUUGUUCACAGUUGGCCAUAAUGGGGAACAGGACAGCACUAGGAUUUGUCAAUACAUUAAGGGGUAGAGCCUAAUGGAUGUCUGUUGACCCACUGUGUCUCUUUCUAAAAAGUCUGAGCCUAAAACUGGACAUGAAACUACAGAAGUUAUAGCACCAUACACCUUGAACCAUGUAGCCUUAAUCUUAUUGUACAAUGAAAUAAUAUUUAUUGAAAACCGUACUUCAACUGUCUUGAUCAAGUGUACCAUCUGAUUGGUGUAAUUUGCAAAGUGCUAACUGGACAAAUGUUUUAUUUUAAAAACAAAUGUCGAUCAAACUGCGGCCUUAUCAAAAAGGAAGCAAUUUUCAUUUUUAUGUUUGUACACUUUUCUAUGAUAUAUAUUUUACUGUCUUCCAUUUGUUUUGUACGCUGUCAUCUAGACAACUUUAUAGGCACAAUAACUACAGUAGUUCACAAGUCAUGCCCGACAUUUUGAAAUCUCUAAAGCAUUUCCCAUUUCAUUUACCUUCAUAGAAAAAGUGGCAUACACAAUUAGUUAAAAGAUCUGCCAACAAUUUUGUUAGUACUUAAUUAGUAUACAUGUAGUCUAGUCUUGUGUAACGUGCAAUGAAGAAGAAAAAAUUACAACUCAAAAAUUGGACAGAUGUUUUUGCCAAAUUCCGUUUUACUUUAAUAUAGUUGAUUUAUAUGUAUCCCAUAAAUUGUUGGACAGGUAAUUUUUUUUCAAAUUUAUAACCCUUACUUGUUUGGGGGAAGGGGGUAUUAAGGAAAAGGUUGUUUUUUUACAGGACAUUAUUGUUUUCGUUUUAGUUAAAAAUCCUUUGAGCAGCUUAGACUUAUCAUUCAUAAAUUGUGAUUUUUUUUUAUUCCACUUUUAAAUUUAUACAGUACCUUUAGACAUGUGCAGUAGAUGAAUGUGUAUUAUAAAAGGUAUGUAGUGGAUAAAACAACUUAGAGGAAACAAAUGA